CUGUUUAUGUGCAAUUCUGAGCAGGUUUCCCUUGUUUUGAUUUUGGACUGUUUCCUGUGAAAGAAAGUUAGCUGCUUGCCUUAACACUUCACUUGUUUUCUGGAUUACCCUCGACGUUGUUUGUUGCAGUUUUGACCUUCUGACCAUUCUUCAAUAAAAGCUGCAUUUGGAAGCUCCACCACCAUUCUGGAGGCUCUUCUAAUGAUUCCUCGCUUUGGACAGUGCUCUGAUGCUUGGAUCUGCAGAGUGGCUGGCUGCAUCUUGCUUGGCUUCAGUCCGACCAUCCGUUCGCUCGCAAUGAAUCAUCCAGGCUUGUCACACCACAACUGAAUCACUGGAGCCAAUCACCUGUGAUGGAUAAACAGGAAUCGUUCUUCGUUGGACACAAAUCCCAUCGUUGCAGUCAAAAUCGCUCAGUAUCCCAAAUUCACCAACGAACAAGUCGUCUAUCAGAGUGUUACACAGUUCCUCUUCAGUGGCCUCAUGGGAUAGUUUGGCACAACAACAACUCACUCUUAAAGGGAUUGGAAGCAGGGAAUGGCCAGUCGGUGCAGACGGACCCCAGUAAGUCUGGAUUUGUGGGGGAUACAGUGGAGCUGAAAUGUCUCUUCAUCAACGGCAAGCCACCAGUGAAGAUCUCUCAAGUCACCUGGCAAAAGCUGAUAAAUGGCACCAAACAAAACGUGGCUAUUGCUAACCCAGCAUUGGGAGUAUCAGUUUUGACCCCUUUCAAAGAUCGUGUGAGUUUCAAGCAUCCCGCCGUGCGCCAGCGGACCCCUUCUUCCCUUGAGGAUACCACCAUUGUGUUCAGCAGUCUACGGCUCUCUGACGAGGCGGCCUACAUCUGUGAAUACACCACCUUCCCAGCAGGCAACAGGGAGAAUAUGGUCAACCUCACUGUCUUUGCACGGCCAGUGACCAAGAUGACUUUGACUUCACCCACCAUCGUGGCAAGGACCCCAAAACGCAAGAUGCCCGUGGCCACCUGCAUGUCGGCCAAUGGCAAGCCUCCCAGCGUCAUCAAAUGGGACACAACAUUGAAAGGAGAGGCCACGUUUCAGGAAACACGCAAUCCCAAUGGCACUGUGACUGUGCGCAGUAACUACAUCGUGCUGCCCAGCCGUGAAACCCACCGACAGAAGCUCACCUGCAUCGUCACCUACCGUUCUGAGCGAUUCACCGACAGCGUCAUACUCAACGUGCAGCCAGCCGUCACUAUAUUCCAGUUGAAACUGUUGAACGGAUCGCUUCCUAACAACAUAGAAAUCAAGAACAACACCCUGUUCUUCAAAGGCCCUGUGACCUACGAGCUUGGCGGGACUUACGUCUGUGAGGCUACCAAUAGCAUCGGCACACGUUCUGGACUAGUAGAAGUCAACGUGACGGAACUCCCUAACAUCCCCUUUGAUGAGCGUGAGAUCCCAGCGGAGCUGCAUAGUUCCGGCGCUGCCAUCGGUGGUGCGGUUGGUGGAGUAGCCCUGCUGGUGGCCGCCAUCGCACUGCUGGUCUUCUUCCUGCGGCGUCGCCAGCGCACCUUUAAGGGCGACUACAGCACCAAGAAACAUGUGUUUGGGAAUGGAUACAGCAAGGCUGGCGGGAUGCCCGCCCAUCCUCCAAUGCCCAAGAACCUGCAGUACCCCGAUGACUCGGACGAUGAAAAGAAGCCAGCUCAAAUAAGUGGGCCUGGUGGCUUCGAGAGCGGCGAUCGGGAUUUCGACGGCAACUCUGAGGAUUUGAAGAGACCCUAUUUCACUGUAGACGAAGGCGAAAGUCGCGAUUACGAUGAACGGACUCUCGCCUUCCAGUACGACCCUGAGCCAGAGAUCGCCGACGACAUGGUCUCCCAAACCGACGGCUCUGUUAUUUCAAAGAAGGAGUGGUAUGUGUAGAGCGGCAUGGGAAAAAAGAUCGACCUUUUGCCCUCUCCUGCAUCCGACCACAUCCACCCACCUCCAUCACUUGAACCCUCCCUCCAUGUGUUUACCCCGAUCUGCACAUCCCACCACCCCUGACCCAGUAACCUCCGCCCCAUCAGAGAUAAACAGCUGUAGAAAAAUAGCUCGCAUCAUCGACACGUCUGCGUCAUCACACAUCCACAUGCUUUUAGAUGAACCUGCUACAGCAGAAAGAGGUUUCCUCAAUGACUGAUGCCAAUCAACAUCCAGCAAGGCUGGACCGGCAGGUCGCUUGAAAAUAUUACAGUGUAUUAUCCUUUUUGUCUCAUUUUGUUGUUAUUAUAAAUGUAUUAAAUGUAUAAAAAGAGACUGUAAUUGUUUUGGAAAGGGGUAUAUUGCUGAUCAUGUUGUGAAAGUCUUACACUGGAUGUACGAUUAUUCUUUUUUAUUCUUUGUUAGUCUUUUUUUAAAUCUCAUUAGCAUAUUACCAUUUCUUGUUUUGCAUUAAUAGUUUUUUAUAUAGUUAUGGUUUUAUAUGGAGUGUUGGUUAUCAAAAGAUGUGGAA